AUGCACAGCUCCGAGAGUCUAUUCGCCUUCGGAGUUAAGCAUGACCUGUCCGAUGAAUUCCUGUUAUCACAGUCUCCUCCCCCACCCGUAUCUACCCCUUUACCAGGUCCAUGGAGCUUCCUGACGUCUUGGUAUGUUUUUGGAUUGGUCAUUAUGGCGGUUCUCUUACAUCGUAUACGGAACAUCGUAGUGCCCAGGGACGAAUUCAUGACCCGUUUCACUCGCACUACAAGGCUCCGUGCAUUCCCAUACUCUGCUAUCCCAUCUAUCUUCCCCCUGGAUCUAUCGUCUUCAGUAACUCGUUUUGUGCUUCGUUCGCCCUCGUUAUACUUCGUUUCCAAGAUGGUCGUCAUAUGGCUCAUCGUUCUCGCUCAAGCAGCAGACAAGUUUCCAACGUGGAACUUGUCAUGGUUGCAGUCAGCGGGGACUUAUGUCGCCAAGAGAGAAACCGCGGAUCUUUGCUGGUCCACUUUUUGCGCUGUUUGCGCUGUUUUAUGCAUGGAAGGACUAACACAUGGUUUGGAAGGCGGUGCACACCGCCCUUCGCCAUUUAAUCUGCUUGGCUAUGCUUUUCUUUUGCACACAUACUCUUCCCCAGUGACUCACUGGAUAACGCUUGAAGGCUCGACUUCACGGCCAGACAAGCACGUUGUAUUUACUAUUCUGUUACCUUUGCUUCAGCUCACAAUCAUCCACUUGAUUGGGAUCAAGCAAGAUUGGUCGUCCCAUCGCCUCUUUCCAUCGGCGGUCGUGUCGCUUCUUGCGCUCAUCCACUUCCAUUCAGUUCUAUGGCUAUCGGACUCAUCUUAUCCUCUGCUCAGCUAUGUGCCUUGCCUGUUUGAAUCUUCCCUUCUAGCCGUCAUAUUUCUGGCUCUAUUCCUCAAUGCCUUUACCCAAAUUGCUACGGAGGGUAGAGUCUCUCGUCUCCUAUUUGGCCACCAAGCUGCUCUUAUUCCGCAAUGGGAUGAAGACUUCUCGGUCGCAUUGUUACGCAUGGGUACGGCAAGCCUCGAGGCCUCGAGUGUAUUAGGCCUUGGGAAUCAAGUGGGCGGCGUUACUGCGGUCACGCCCCUUCCCCUGAACGAUGGAACCUUGGAACUGAAUCGCUUGGGGGUGGUUUCACUUUCUCCAGCUGUUGAAGGCCCCAUCAAACACCGUCGUUUCAAGAAGGGUUUUUCCAAUGAAGUCAAGACCAUCAAGGUCACAACGACCGGAGGAGAUAUCUGGUUUGACACGGCUUGGUGCAGGGAUCUUGCAAGACUCGGGAUGAGUUUGGUGCAAUGUGCCAGAGGGCUGAUAAUGAAAUCUUGGAAUGCACUCAGACGGAGGUCGCGAAAGCCGCCCAACUUCCCUCCUCGACGUAUAGUGGUGAGAAACGAGGCCACCACGAGUGAGCGGAAUCAAGAUUUAGAUGCUGAAGAGGACGAAGAACAAGAAGAAUUGUACAAACGGUUCAUUAGGGGAGAACCCAUGGACGAAGACGAUGAAGAUUUUGAAUAUCACCCGUCGGAAAUGGAACCGAACGGGUCCACUAGCCCCAGUCCGUCGAGGUCCGAGCAUGGCAGCGAGGAGGAGGAGGAAGGAGAAGAGGUUCCAGGGCAAGUAACAGACGAGAUUGUCAACUUGUUUUCGGACCUCUCUUCCACUCCCUCAGCCAUGACUUCUGCCUCGGUCUUGAUGGCACAUAUGACCCAUAAUUCGACGUUGCCAAUGACAAGACAGCGAUUCGAGCACCUGAUGUCGGCGCCUUCUCAACGGAGUGACAGUUUCAUGAGCGACUGGUCGGACGUUGCUGCAAUCCGACGACCAUCUUCCAGCGGGACUGGAACACCUGAAGAUUCGCAGGACACAAUGAGAAACUGUGUGAUAUGCACAGUCGAGCCACGGCAAAUCAUAUGUUGGCCAUGUCGAUGUCUCGCUGUGUGUGAUGACUGCCGCGAAAAUCUUGCGUCACGUUCGUCUGCAUCUACUCACACGUGCCCUUGCUGUCGAAGAAACGUGGAUGGGUAUUCGAAGAUCUACAUCCCCUAA